AUGCCAGAAGUUGGAUACGGGCGUUUAGACGAUUUAGUAAUCGGGCAUAUUUUAGGCUCGGGCGGCUUUGGAACCGUAUACAAAGCUUCAUACAAGGGUGAAACAGUUGCUUUAAAGCAGUUGCACACGAACACAAAGAACAAAAAGGCGGCAAUGCAAAGUUUUCGUUCAGAAACUCGCCCUGAAGUGUUGAAGUUUAACCAUCCAAAUAUUGUGCGUACGCUGUAUGUCUCCCAUGCGGCAACCAUUGAAGAUUCUCCGUUUUUGGUAAUGGAAUACAUCGAAAAUAAAACCUUGCAACACAUGCUCGACGACUCCGAAGAGAUUAUCAACGAUGCUCGACGAAUAUCUAUGGCUUUAGAAAUAGUAAGCGCUUUAGCUUAUAUACAUCAACAAAACAUCGCCCAUUUGGAUUUAAAACCAGUGAACGUACUCGUCACAAAAAAGAAUAUUUGCAAAUUGGGUGAUUUUGGUUGCUGUGAAGUGGUGGAAGAUACUCCAGUUAGUCCAACGAGAUCUUAUCUGACUGGCACUUUUGCGUACCGAGCUCCGGAGCUUCUGCGAGGCCAAUCCGCCAGUUGCAAGGCUGAUAUUUACUCUUUUGCCAUUUGUCUGUGGCAGUUUUGGACGCGCGAUAUCCCGUACAGAGGCAAGAAUCAACAUGUCGUCAUUUUUGGUGUCGUGUCGAAGGGACUGAGACCCAAACUUAGUGCGGACAACAUGCCUGAUAAUAAAUACCACGAACUUAUGACGAAAUGCUGGAGUGUGCAGCCUGGGAAUAGGCCUUCAUCCAAAGACCUUCUUGACGUGCUGACCAGUUGGAAUGCUAAAUAA